GUUUCAGAUGAGCAUUUGAAAUUCAGACACAGCAUAAUGCUGCUCUUGGGGCAGGAAAACUGAAACAUGUACAAGAUUAGUCUGUAGGGUUAGCAUUACCACUUUAUAUAGAGGCUAACGCUGCUCUUGGGGCAGCAAAGCACUGGUUUAAAAAUCAGAAGUAAUUAACUAUAUGUUUGAACUACAUCUUAUUGAUUCAUAUUCAUUGGGUCAUAACUGAACCAUGGUAAUAUCUAUCAAUAGUGUGUUUGGCUUUAAAUCAUGUGCUUUGCUACUGGCAUAAUGGCCAACCUUUUGUAAGAAAAAAAAUGAAAUGGGCACUGUAACUCCUGUAUAGAAGUAAUGGUACUAUUUUUUUGUUUUCAUGUUUUGUUUUGUUUUUUGUUUAGGAAAGAAAAUGGAGAAUAUCUGGAUUAAAGGUGUUAGACGAAAGCUGAAGAAGGUUACAGAUCCUGAUGUCAUACAAGAAGUAGUUGUUUUUGACGAGCAAUGGGACUUCAUGAAAUCUUAUAUCAAGAAAUUGGAAGAUGAAACUCAGAGCUACUUUAAAUCUCCUGUAUGUACUCACAAGAACUACUAUUACUACGCAUGUGAGCGGUCCAGCAAACCAACUGGAAAGAGCAAAGGAAAACCAACACAAACCAGGGCCAACUCUUGUGGGGCCUAUGUGUCUUUUAGAAUAAUAAGAGAUGCUGCAUUUACAGGUGCUGUUGUGAACAAAAUGUUAAAACACCAUGGACAUGAUGUUGACAUUCAAGAAGAGGGUGUAAAAAACCCUGUUGACCCAGAGCUACUAGGUUUCAUUGAAAUGUGGCUUGAGCAGGGACUGUCAGUUUCUGAAACACUUUUAAAGAGUGUUGAUUGGGCAGAACGUCAUGGACAUGUAGACAAACACAAUCGUCGUUAUUAUGUUACACCAGAAGACAUAAGAACAAUCAAAAAGAGCAUAAAUGCACUAUUUUUUCCUGACGUGAAUGAUAGUGUCAGUGUGGAUAUUCUAGCCACAUCAGAGCUGAAAGAAAACAUUUCUUUUUAUCAGCCUUUAAGUGAAGAAAAUCCAUUGAUAAUUGUAGUGCAGACUCCCUGGCAAAAAGAACUCCUGAAAUUACAUCCACAUCCCAUGAUGUUCAUGGACGCCACCUACAAAAGCAUAACUUCGUAUGGCUAUGCAUUCUAUGCACUUCUUCUGAGCAACAGCAUUGGUAGAGGAGUUCCAUUUGCAUACUUCAUAGUCAGUGAGGAAUCAGCAGCCACACUCUCUCUCUGUCUAGAAAAGCUUUCUAGCUCUAACCCUGGUUUUUAUCCCAGGUCAGUGAUGGUUGACAAGGACCUAAAAGAGCUCAAGGCAAUAGCACAGGUUUUUCCUUCAGCAAAGGUCCUCAUAUGCUGGUUUCAUGUUCUGCAGGCAGUACACAGGUGGUUGGUAAAGAGAGAUGGAGGAAACCUUCCAGUGGACCAAAGAAACAUGGUCAUUCAGGCAAUGGCAGCAAUGAAGGUGUGCCUAACGGAAGAGGAGUUCAUCAACACAGCCGACGUAAAAUGCAAGGAGCUGGAUUCCUACCUUGGCAGUUCACAUGUAACCGCCUACUUGAAGCCUCAGUGGAUUUCUUGUGGACAGCUGUGGUCCAAUUUUGGCAGGUCAUUCAGUCAUGAGAACAGUGAAACCAACAACAAAGCAGAAAGAUUCUUCCUUACAAUUAAAUAUCAGUUUCUAAAGGGAAACACAAACCGGCGGAUUGAUCAGCUGCUUCGCUUGCUGUGUGGAGAUCUCCAGAAAUAUUAUUGUUACAUGGAAGACUUGGCAGAAAUUGGACGGAUCAAGGGAGCCAACACUGAAGACUUUUCUAAUGCUGUCAAAAGUAUGAUUGAGAAAGGGCUUGAUUCAAAAUGUACAAUUAAUGAAAAUGGAACAUGUGUUGUUCCACCUGAUACAGGUGCACAGAAUAACACAGUUGAUUUGGUGAUGGUUAAAUGUGACUGCAGAAGAUCCAAAAGUGGUGCCAUGUGUAAACACAUUGUUUUCUCAAAAACAGUUGCACAGCAACAAGGAAUAGACAUUCAGGACAUCAGGAAUUCUGUUGCUAAAAAAAUAAUUAGCAGUCAUUAAUACUUUUCAGAUGAGGAAACCCUCACAGUCUUUCACAGUGAUGGGAGUUCAGGAACUAUAAAUCACAGAAGUUCAAACUUGUGUACAUGUGUAGCAAAUAGUUAUGGUGAGAAAUGUGUCUGUGUUUUGGUUCGUAGCAUCCUCUUCUUGGCGCAGACACCUUG